AUGGAACCGGACGGACAAGAGCAGCUCGAUGAGAGCGGGCUUCCAGGCCCUGGUGCCCCCACCCCGCUCUCUGCACUGGAUGGUCUUUCAGGAUUGACUGGCAGGGAUAUCAAGCUCUUCGUGGAUGCAGGAUAUCACACCGUCGAGGCGGUGGCUUACACACCCAGACGCUUAUUGGAAACAAUCAAAGGUAUCUCAGAACAAAAGGCUACCAAGGUCUUGACGGAAGCCGCAAAGCUGGUACCCAUGGGAUUCACAACGGCAACCGAAAUGCACGCGCGAAGAAGCGAGCUCAUCUCGAUCACAACAGGAUCAAAGCGCCUGGACACAUUGCUCGGAGGCGGAGUUGAAACAGGCUCGAUCACGGAGAUUUUCGGAGAGUUCAGAACGGGAAAAAGUCAGAUUUGCCAUACUCUUGCCGUGACCUGCCAGCUGCCAUUCGAUAUGGGUGGUGGUGAAGGCAAGUGUCUAUACAUUGAUACAGAGGGAACAUUCCGGCCAGUCCGAUUGCUUGCCGUGGCUCAGCGUUAUGGUCUUGUUGGCGAGGAAGUUCUCGAUAACGUGGCGUAUGCACGCGCAUACAACUCAGACCAUCAGCUUCAGCUGCUUAACCAGGCUUCUCAAAUGAUGUGCGAGACACGAUUCUCAUUGUUGGUGGUUGAUUCAGCGACGUCUCUUUACCGAACGGAUUUCAACGGUCGUGGUGAGCUUUCGUCACGGCAGACUCAUUUGGCCAAGUUCAUGCGUACUCUGCAGCGCCUUGCGGAUGAGUUUGGUAUUGCGGUUGUGAUUACGAACCAGGUCGUCGCCCAGGUUGAUGGUGGACCAAGUGCCAUGUUCAACCCGGACCCAAAGAAACCUAUCGGUGGUAAUAUCAUUGCUCACGCCAGUACGACCCGACUCAGUUUGAAGAAGGGUCGUGGUGAGACUCGAAUUUGCAAGAUUUAUGAUAGUCCUUGCCUCCCUGAGAGUGACUGUCUCUUCGCCAUCAAUGAGGAUGGUAUUGGAGAUCCUUCCGAGAAGGACCUGGAAGAUAAAUGA